CUACUUUUCUGUCCCAUCGUGCAUCGUCACAUAUGUCAUCGCGUCCGCAAGAAUGGCUACCAGAAUGCUUUGUCGGGCGGCACGGCUUUCGGCUGAGACGGCCAUACCGUUGCCGCUGAACUGUGCGAGGCUCAGCGCGCUUCAUGUGCAUUGUCCGAAGCGCGAUGUGAAGCCGCCCGCGUUUCAGACGGAUACAAGCGCAACAUACUGUGCCAACGGUUGACUACUACCCGGCUGUUCUUCGAACGCCUACUAACAUCUCUCGUCGUUAAUCAUUCAUUCAGCAUCACGUAGCGGUAAACUCCAAUUUCCCAAGUUAAUAUGCACAAAGCGUCCGCGGCGCUUUGUAACCUUUCUCUUCGUCUCUCUUUCUGAGCCCUUGUCGGCGUUUCUUUCCAUGAGCCAUUGCUCGCAUGGCCACUCCUCAACAGUCGAUUACGAUCGUAAACGGGAGACGAUGUACCCGUUCACGAGCCCGAACGGCCCUUACAACCUCCAAAACUACAGAGACAUCAACCGCCACUCCUCCCGCGGUCACUACAUCCACGGCCGCUGAGGAGACAUCGCAAAUACAGACCACCACCGCCCAGACAUCGUCUCCGCCUCCGCCGCCGCCGCCACCGCCUUCUUCGACGGCACCGGCCUCAACAACUACGCCAGCCGACCAGCCAGCACAGCAGCCGACUGCAGUGCCCACGACAUCUACAACAGAAGUAGCAGCAACGUCCGCGAUAGCUGUUCCAACGUCACUCGUUGUAUCUUCGCGUGUACCGGCCCGCUUCACAGCUCCGGCUAUAUCCAACGGUCCUACUCAGGACACGAGCCCUCAAUUGCCUAUCGAGACCGAUACGAGGGCACAGCCAUCGAUCGUGACAGAUUCGCCCGCCCAAGCACGGCCACAGCCAACUACUUCAUUAGUAGACUCUACACCCACUGGAGGGUCGGCUGGUAUAAUUGCUCCAGAGGGGUCCACUGGUGGCGAUGACGGCCCCCUGACCUUUGCGAAUAGUGGCAAUAUAGGAGGCAUAAUCGGAGGAGUCUUUGGUGGCGUCGCUGCAUUAGCUCUUAUCAGCAUAUUGCUCUUCUUCUGUCUACGGAAACGGAAGUCGCGACCAGUACGAUGGAACGAGAAGCAAGAGACAGGCCCAAGCUUCCUAGCUAGGCUGAAGACGAUACCUAGCGGGGUGGGAGCAUUCGUUGCGAGGAUAAAAGGAAGCGAGGCUGGUCCGAUGAGCAACCCCUACCAACGUCAUGCUGCGCAAGCCAGUGUUGGAUCAGUGUACUCGAGAGACUCUAAUGGAAGAGGCCGAUCGAGCAGUGAGCCGCAAGGUUUCUUCGGAGUUAAGCGCGCAGGCUCCAACAACAGCAGAUCAAGCAAGAAGAGUGAGAGGAAUCUGCUCCGCAAAAAGCCAAGCAGCAUAUCAUCCAAUUACCGGUUCCCAGGCAUCAUCGAAGACACGGGUUCGCCAAAUCCAUUUGCUGAUCCCGGACCACAAAGCAAGCUAUUGGUACUCAACCCCGACCCCCGAAGCGCGCCUGUCACACCCCAGGUUCCUGCAGCAACUGCAGACGCCGCGCCACGAGAUCCAUUCGCAUCUGUCAUGGAUCCACCUGGAGCUGCGCCAGCAUGGGCUCAACCACCUACUCACCAUCAUCAACGUACGAUGAGUUCGAUAUCUGCGUUAAGCUCACACCCUGUUUCGUCGUUCUACACAGCAGACAACCCUUUCCGAGACCCACCUUACGCACCGCCUGUUCCCACCCAAGCUGUCUUGCCGAGCCACACCCGUCGUUCCUCGAUGGCAUUACCAGGCUUCAAUGCGCUGUCGACCGUGGAUGCGACAUCAACAUUCGCUUCGCGUGACUCUGAUAUCUUCUUCGGAGAACCGGGACCGAGCAGACCUUCUACCAACUUCUUCACUCCCGCACCGACAGGUCGAACAGUCCGACAGUCGGAUCCUUUCGACCUUGACCGGCCAGAAGUUCUUGGCUUUAAUAGUAUCUUCAACCGGAAAGAUGUGAAUGGGAAUAUUACCCGACAACCCACACGAAGUAAACGGACAAGCAGUGUUGGCAAUUGGGGCAAUACCGCGACAGACGUCAACAACUACGGAUUGUUUCCGAGAGACAGUACAAAACAGCCACCAUGGGGACCGAACGGUAGGAGAUGACGAUGACGACAGAUAAUGUCACCACGAAGGAUGUUGUCGCGUAGAUUGCUACUCUAGAGCACAUAGGACGCGAGAAGACUUAAUGAACAAAACAUGGACGUUGUCCCACGAUCUUUUCUAUCGAUGGCAGGAAGUAUUCCGCGGGAUCCAUCAAAUCACUUUUUUCCAGUUUUAUAAACACUCAGCGAGCAAAUCACCCCCUUUUUGUAACAUAUAUCUCUACAAAUUUCUUGUAGCGUAGGAGCAUAGCGUACAAUAUACCCCAUGAAUAAGAAUACGUAUACCA